GGGGUUGCGCGCUCGUGCCCGCGGGGGCGCGCAGGCGGUAGCAGCAGCAGCAGUAGCAGCAGCAGCAGGAUACAUUGUUACUCCGAAGUUGUAAUGAAGUUCCACUCAUGAAGUUUUCCAGCAGCCACAGCCCGUGUGGAUCGGACGCGGCGGCAGCGGCCAAGCCGGGAAGAUGGCUGCGAAUAAGGCGAAGAAAGUUACAAAAAUGGCCACGAAAGCAUGUCCGGACUGUGACCAACAGAUUCCAGUUGCCUGUAAGUCCUGCCCUUGUGGAUUCGUUUUCAUAAGUAGGAGGCUGCUGAAUGCUAAACAGACUGAGAAAUCACCGCCACCUAAUUUAGACAACAAGUCAGUGGCUAAGAGGAGGAGGACAGACAGAGCGCGUCGGGAGAAAGCCAAUUCUCCUCUCACCAAAGAUCUGGAAAACCGAAAGCGGUCUCGAUCGGAGAGCCACUCCGAACAAAUUCGGCGGCGACGAGGCCGGCCCAAAACUGGCCCCAGCAAAAAGCACGAUGAUGAUAAAGAAAGGCAAGAGAAAGAGGUCGACGUCUACGCCAGCCUCUCGGACGAGAGAGCCUUUGUAUUCUCAGUGGCGCUGGCAGAAAUAAACAGAAAAAUUAUCAAUCAAAAAUUAAUUCUUUGACAAAGCGUGGACAAGUGGGAAAACAAACUACAACUCAGGAUUCAGACUCUAGCUCGGUGAAUUCCACCAAGGCGGACUUUGUACCCAGCCAUUUCCAGCAAUACGGUGGAAAGCCAACGCUUGGUCACUGCUGGACGACUGUUUGUAACGGCAAAGCUUCCAGACGCCAUGGAUGUGGGCAUGCCGUCACUUCAACUUGUACACCAAAGCUGAAGCAGACAAAUGCUUUGAAUUCCAACCCCAAUUUUGUACAAGAGUAAUGCAGCGUUGAACUUUGGAAGAGUAACGUUGGUCGAUGCAUUGACUAUGAAACGGGUGAAGCAUAGGAAUUAGGUUUUUCCUUCACUAACUUCAGCAGGUGACAUUGGGGUCGAACAAAGAAAGGGAACCUACCUUGUUCCUCUUGUAUAUUUGGAAGAGAUGGAGAAAUGAUGACCUUGUUUCAGAUGCACGUUCUUUCUGUAUUUUACCUUAUUUAUGAUGUUGGUGUAAUUAGUCUAAACACUGCAAAUAAUCAUAAAAUACUAUCAUAAACAGGCUUACGUUUCAUACAUCUUGUGAUUCAUUUUCAACUAUUGUAGUAUGACAUUAGCAUAAAUCUAUCCCAGGGAUAUCUUGCACAUGGUCUGACAAUGUUUGGAGGUCUGAUGAUUUUUUUGUCUGUAAUAAAUACAUUUAUAUA